GGAGACAUCCCGCUGCUGGCCAUCGGCCCGGCUAUCUGCCUACCGGGCAUCGCCGCUAUUGCCCUCACCAGAAAGACCGAGGGCUGCACCAAAUGUCCAGAGAACAUGCGACCGUGCUGUAAGCAAGUCAAGGACCGGGACGUCAUGGAACUGCUAAGGACCCCCUCAGACCUGGAGUCUGGCAAGGGCAGCCGUGACGAGCUGGCCAAGAAAGUGUACCAGAAGGACAAGAGAGUGCUGCGGGGUGAGGACUCCGUGUUCAUCUACACCACCGCCGCUGCCGCCACCAUGGGAGAGUGCAAGAGCCUCAUCAAAAAGGUAGAGCAGGAGGAGAUGCUGAAAUACCUGGAGACCUGUUACCCAGAGAUGCCGGGGAAUGUGUCUGUGGGAGACAGCUCCACAUACAGUGCCUUGGAGAAGAACUGCUCUUCUCCUAGCAGGGACAGCACUGCUUGCCCUGAUGUUGAAGACAACAUUUUUGUGGCUCCUAAAGACAGUAUCAUUGUAUGCUCUUACAAGGAUAACAGCCCUUAUGACAAAUACUGUUGUUACAUAAACCCUACUGGAGUCAACUCAGACCAGGAGACCAUUGUGUGA